AUGGCUGACCAGCUGGAGAUAUGCUGUUUCAACCUCGAGAGCGCAUUGAUAGCAGCACGAGAAGGAGCCCACCGUAUCGAGCUUUGCCAACACCCUGAAUUGCAAGGCACCACACCGCCGAGAGAAUGGUUGAUAGCAAUCAAGGAUGAAUAUCCAGAGAUCCCAGUGUUCAUCAUGAUCCGCCCAAGAGGUCGCAACUUCGUCUACGGCCCAAGCGAGAUUCAGCAGAUGAAGGAUUGCAUCGAGUCAUUCAAAGACAUUGCAGACGGCUUCGUCACCGGCUGCUUAACUGAGAUGAAGGAAGUCGACAUCCCCAAAACGACAGAACUGGUCCAGGCGGCUGCGCCUCUACCUUGCACUUUCCACAAAGCUUUCGAUGAGAUAUAUUUCCACCAUCGGGCCCUCGAAGAUGUCAUCUCAACAGGCUGUUCAGCGCUUCUUACCUCAGGAGGGGAAAAGACGGCUGCAGAAGCCACUGACUCGUUGAAAACGCUUGUGGCGAGGGCGAUAGGCCGAAUCGACAUCAUUGCUGCAGGAGGUAUUCGUGCCGACAAUGUCGAUCUCAUCAAGGACUACAGUGAAGCGCAAUGGAUUCACUCAUCGGCCAUUCGCGAGGGCUCCUCGAUCGCGGACGCCGAUGAAAUCAAGGCGAUGCUUAAGGUCGUUGAUCCGAUGGGUCAAGGGGAGAGGGACAUGGCGGCGAUGGAGAGGGACCUGCUGACAUUCCCUAAGAAGGAGUGA